GUGGCCACAGUGGAGAUCAGGACACACUGAUCUCUGCUUCAGUCCUGAGGUUGCAAACCUACACAGCAGCAUCCAGCGUCAGAGCUCAGACGGUGGAAUAGAUGUUAAUAUGACUAAAUAGCAGCAGCACAGGAUCAUCUGGACUCCUCAGGCAUUACAGAUUGUGUGUUCAACACGUGCUGGCACAGUUCUUCUGUUCAUUUUUACAGCGUAUGACAACUAACAACAGAGGAAGUGCUUCACCGAUAUCGACUCGGCUCCUCGUCAUGGCGAUUGCAGUCUACAACAUCUCCUCCACCUCAGCCAGGGUGAGCUGGCCUGCAUCCCCCAGCUGCCUGGACACCUUCUACAGUGUCAUGUACGACCCCAACUGGAACAGCCUCUUCUUGGGCUACAAGCGCAAAAGUUUCUCGUAUGAGGAGCGCAUCCCCGUCAGUCAGACCACCACACACAUCGCCAACCUCCUGCCCCAGACCACCUACUUCCUGUGUGUGACAUGUCAGGCCGCCAAUCCGGUGCAAGACCAGUGCCAAGUGUUCAGCACUCUGAGCGAGAAUAGCGAUGGUCACGACAGGGCUGGAUGGGAGCUUGCUAUGGGCGUCUGGCUGACCUGCUGCAUCUUGCUCCUGGUCAUCGCCGGCAUCCUGUUGUGGGGAUGUCUUCACACCGCCUGCUCCAUUCCCGGCCGGGCUGCAGACAGCUGCCAGGUGGUGGCCAAUUCGACCCAUCCAGACAUGUCCUCAUCCGGACCCCUCUACACUCCCAGAAGAGGCAGCGAGGACAGCACCAAACAUGCCCCCAGCUUACAACCCUCCCUGCUCUCAGUGCAGCCCACUGGCCACAUAAUUAACCAAGACCAUGAGCUGAGGACGCUGCCUAAGCUGUCUGGCAGUGAGCCAGCAUGAAUCAACUGGAUUAAGGUCAUCACAGUAUUGUUCUGCACAGACUGAAUUGUCAUGGAGUAUUUUUAUCCACUGAUGAAAUCCUAUUUGUGCUUAGGAGAAUACAUGUUUUCACAGGAACCAUUUAAGACAAAAUAUGAGAACACUACUUUAAAGUUUUCAAUGACAAAUGUUUAGCAAGGAAACCAACAAUAAAAAACUAAACAAUCUAUUAUUAUUAAUUUGUUCCACUGAAUAUGAGUCUUUUCUUAUAGAAGCUCACAAAAGACUUUUUGAUCAUUCUGUUCCUGUGGUAAACUGAUAGAUUUUUUGACACAAACACGUACAUUUGUUCUAUCUAUUUUGCACAUAACUUAAGAGGUUUCACACACUGUCUCCCAUAAUGAUGUUUUUCCACUUUUAUUCUAUAGAUUUAUCAUGGUAAUAUGUAGUAAAUGCUUGGCUUUAACACUAAAGAAAUCCUCCACAUGAAAUCCAAGAAAAUAAAGUGACUCCGUAUUAUGCUUUCUGUGGCCGUGAUGCUUAAAGACAACAUGUACUAACCUUUGACCCGUACAGAUAGUGAGGCUGAGCGUUGGGUGGUUUAUCUCUCUGGAACUCCUGAGAGAAGGGCAGGAUGGUACGCACAAACCUGCACACACACAUAGAUUAUUAUCUCUGCUACCACAAACAUCAGGAUACAAUACACAAUAAAAACACCCACACACUUGUAUGAGCUCCUUUGCCCGUAUACCUCAAUAGCAGCAUUGUGUUGCAGAAACAGGUUUACCUUGUACAAAUUAUAAAAAUAAACUAUGAACAGAACAAACACUGAGCUUACACAACAAGUGAACUAGUUCAAAACCUGCUUAGUUACUGCUGUGAAUGAAUCCUUCAUCCAUAGAUUAAAGCCUUUUCCUGAUGUGGUUUCUUUAAAGAAGCUUAUAACCAAACACACAAUACAAUGAGUCCAAUGGAGUGAUUUAUUAGUGCUCAUGUAUUGUGGGUAAACCUCAGCUCUGAACUGUGCUACAGGGUCUCACACAAUUUAAUAUUAUCAAAGCCAAAACAAAGCUUCAUGCUGUUGGCUUUUACAUACAGGGUUUCCGGUAUAUUGUUAUCAUAUUAGUAUUAGGUUUGCUCACACUUAUGCUUAAAUUAACUUGCACUGAGGCCUCUGGGCCAAAAAAAAAAAAUUAAAAAGUUGAUAGACCCAACAACUAGAAAUUCACAUUUGACCGAGCAUUCAGAGAUGAAAUGUAUCGGCUAAUUCAGGCUGCCAAUAUUUAGUUACAAUGACUCAACUACAUUGGUCUGUAACUGCAGUCCAGAUAUAUUCCAUCAUGUAGAUUGAUAUAAGAAAAACAUUUAACGCAGUUUGCCCUGUGUGAGUGUCACUACAAGAAGCAAAAACGGGCAGAGUGAGCCAGUGGAGCAGAGCUAACACUUGCAAAAGAUCACUGUUUUGAAAAAAGAAACAGUUUUGAAAGACACACUCACUGAACAGAGCAUACUGUUGCAUGUGUUAAUAAACACAAACUUCCUAAAGAGCGGAGUCAAUGCUAGCUCAGUCAGCCAUUGCUACAUAAUCGAACAGACACAACUUCUGCUUGCUUUGACAUAACCACUGCAGUGAUAAAAUAGACACUAGGAGAGCUGCUGGUUAAAUAGAUACCAUCUAAAAUAACUUUACAUUGGGUGGUCAUAAGUUUUGAUGCAGUGUGAGUUUAGACGGAGUUGCAGUCAGCUGUCCUUGAUAAUGAAGGCGCACUGAGAACGUUGUCUUUGAAAACAUACUGUUGUGAAAUAUUAACCGAAAAUUACUUUUAGUGAUAAUAGGAGGACUGUUCGUCCACCAACCUUAGAUCAACUCUGUACUUCCUCUAGACCACAGCAAUACGCCGUGAGUUUGAAGCAGAUCACACAGAUAGACCCAUUCCUUUCGAGCUGAAUGUUCUUUACGUGCUAUUUGAGUGUUUAGCAAUAUCAAUAAUAAGUUGCAGAAUUGCUAUUACUUUCCCUAGGUUUUUGGUUUAAAGCAAUUUGGUGAAGCACAUAAGAAAGACUUUCCUCCAAAUAUUAUAAAGUAAAAAGAAGAUACUGAAUGGAGGCUUUUAAAGCGAUUUGGACACAGGACCUCUCCACAAGACCAGGGCAACAUGAUUAGGUAAUGGCAGUUGCGUGCUCUGUCCAGCUGGUAGAUCCAGCUUUGCUACUACAGAGGCAGUUGGACGUAUUUUCAUUUCUAUUUCCAUUUAUUUGUUUAGAACUGUGCCGAUCAUUUUGACCUUUUGAUAAUCUUGACCAUGCUUUUUCUGAAAAGGGUAUUUGAGCACAAGUAGGCAAUUUACUGCCUCUUUGUACCUGGUAAAAUAAAUACUAGUACAGUGACUAAACGUCCAGUAAACAAGAUUGUUAGAGCCCAGGGCCGCUGCGCUCCUCCUCCUGUCUUGAUUCUUAUUGUGAACAGCUGUGAGCAGUCUGGGGUCGACCAUCCUUCUUCUGUGGUUCUGUGGUUGUGCCCGCCUGCAGUCCGAGGAGCUGCCGGAUUGGUUCAGGACAGGUGAUCUCCUACCAUGCUGUCAGGGGGAACUGUCAAAAGGCUCAUCCGUUCAGUUUGUCGGUGGCAGCUCACGGGUGAAGUGGAGCUGCCCGAUAUUGUGCGUUGGUAUUUGUGAACAUCGUGUCCGUGGGGGAGCUAAAUGCCAGCAAUCGGUAUAGCGACAAUCAGAGAUUUCCUAUUAAUUUAGAUAGGGGUGCUAAAGCGUUGUACUUUUGGGUUACGUAAUUUCUGCACAUUAGUUUCCUUUAUAUGUUUCUUUUUACUUGUUCAACAACUUCUCGGAGAGUUCGCUUUUGGUUAUGUUUGGUUCUUUUAUUUCUGUAGCACCCAUUUUCUUUUACAUUUAACUCCCUCACUGUUUGUUAUCUCCAUGUACAUCUUUUUCUUUCAAAAUAAAUCACAACCCACCACUCUAUAA